AUCACCCGGUCAUAUGCGCCUCUGUGAGAUGUAAGACUGUGUGAGUUACGACCAAUAGAAAAUACAACAGCAUGACUUAACCUCAAUAAAUAUUGUUUCUUCGAUCUCAAAUAAACUCGAAGAUUAUUUAAUUUAUUAACAAAUAAUUAGAGGGAUAGUAAUACCCAACAAUGAGCCACAAUGAGUGAUAUAAGCUAUAUAAGUGACAAAGACAGUUUUGUGGAAAACGACGAGGAAUUUAAUGUCAAAGAUUAUCAAGAUGAUAUUGAGAGCGACGAGUCUUUUAAUGAACUUAUAAAUGAUGCCGAUAUUAUAAAAAACAAUUAUGAAGGAGAAAGUAAUAAUCUAAAGGAAUUACAAAGUAAAGCAAAUGAAGAUUUUGUUGGACCAAUUCUUCCAGGUGGACAUCGCUUUAAUAGAAAGUUAAUUUGCAUUAAAUAUCCUGGAAAUGUAGUUAAUCAAGAAAAAGCAAUUGAAACUUUGGGGGGUCUAGCAGAUAUUUCUUCGACCGUAGAUGCAAGAAAUAGAAGAAUGGAGCUAAGAUUUAGGCCAGACGAUGGUUAUUGCAAGCCAGCGUGCGGCGAUCGACAUCAAACGACUGGAUUUUUAUUACGUGUUAGAAUUAAGAAAUCCAGAAGAGAAAAAGUAGAAAAAAUAUCACAAUUAAACAAGAAUUUGCAAAAGGAAAAUGACACAAAUAUUAUAAAUUCAAGUAUUUCUAGUCUUAGUAAUAACGAUGUGAAUGGCAUUAAUAAUAUUAACGGUGCUAAUGAUGGAUCAAUAAGUGACCUAACCGAUAAAAUUACAAACUGUUCUGUUAAUUGCCAAAAGACAUUAACAGAAGAUAAUGAGAAUAAUGAUUUAGAAAAAAAUCAACCGCCCACUUUUAAUUGCCAAAAGUAUGAAAAUUUAUCUGAUGAUCGGGAGUACGAAUUACCCAAAUUAAAAGUAUUAGGACGAGUUGAUACGGAAUUUCGAUUUACCAAUUUAUGUGAUUUUCAAUAUUUGCCAAUUACUAAAAAUGAAGCUGAUCUUUCAAAAGAUGAAUGUAUUUAUGAUUCAAUUUAUCCAGUUGGUCUACCACCCUUUAGCUGGAUGAAAAGCGAAGUGCCUUAUUUUUUACCACCAGCUGCUUUCAGUCGAAUGGACAGUGUACAGCAAUACACUCCAAAGACGGAAGUGUUAAAUUCAGACACGCACUAUGUGAUAGGAAAGACAAGAAAACGACGAGCAGGUUUCUCAAACUUUAUUAGCUUCAAUACUCCUUAUGUUCCAACGAGUCCUCCCAAAGGUAUUGAAACCGCCAUGAAAGUGAAAUUUCUACAAAAAAGCCACGUGGAAAAGAUGCGUAAAGCAUUCGAAGAUCGUCCCAUUUGGUCAAAAACUGCAUUAAUGUAUAUUACAAAAUAUUCCAAUGAACAAUUAAAAAUUUUAUUACCCUCCGUUGCUUAUUAUUUUAUGACUGGGCCAUGGCGUAUAACCUGGGUCAGACUUGGUUACGAUCCUAGAAAAGAUCCUGAAGCUAAAAAAUACCAAACUCUGGAUUAUAGAUUAAAAGCAAUGCAUGGAUUGCAUUCGAAUAUUACUUGUAAGCGAAAUUACUCGGAAUAUACAUUGCCAUAUAGAAAUACCUCAAACUCUAAAGCUAAGGCAAUUAUUUUAAUGUCCAAUACGAAUAAACUACAAACGGAGAAGAAGCAAAAGAUGAUAAACGAAAAUGUUUAUAUAUAUCGUCCAGGUAUAAUUCCACCCUCCAGACAAAUGUUUUAUCAGUAUUGUGAUGUACACGUUAAGGAGAUACAAGAUAUGUUGGACAAGUACGUGGGCCCUCCACCUGGCACACCAUGUCAUGAAAAAUUAGGUUGGCUACCCGUUGGCUUUGAUGAUUUGUGUAGAGAAAUUAUCAACAAGCAAGUUCGCAUUGAGCUUCGAAAAUUGAUGAAUAUACCAGAAAACCAUCCAACUACUUUACCGCGCAAACGGAAAUUGAAGCCUUCGAGUAAGUCGCGAAAACGUUAUGAGAGAAAGUCAAAAGAAAAGCAGGAUAAAUCAACAAAAUCAGAGAGCAUCUCAAACUUUGAUGAAGAAACUUCCAUAUUGUCGGACGAAGAGGGAUGGGAGGAUAUUUCAGAUGGCAAUAAAUUGAAUAAGAAUAAACAUGCGCGUAAAAAUUAUAAGACAAAAAAGAAAAAGAGUAAGAAUGAAAGUAAGGAUGCGAACGAUAAAAGGAUUAAGAAGGAAAAUGAAGAUAAAAGUGUGAAAGUGGUAAACGAGAGUAAUGGCAACGAUGAUGAGGAAAGUGAAAUUACGAAUUAAAAGAAACGUAUAAACGGAGACAAUGAAAGUAAUUAAAUUACAGAUUGCGUAGUAUACUUUUUAAAAAGUAUUUUGU